UGCGUCUCCCCCACGUGAUGCUAGGCUGGCGGCGGCGGUUGCCGGGGCGACAGCUGGAGAAGUGGCGGCCGAGUGGAUUUGUGGAGGGUUCCCGCGGCGGUGCAGCAGAGACUUUUGCUGUGUGAAAUAACAGUAACAGUUCACUAUGGGAGAUGUUCUGGCUCAUGAAUCAGAAUUACUUGGACUUGUGAAAGAGUAUUUAGAUUUUGCCGAAUUUGAGGACACCUUGAAAACAUUUUCAAAAGAAUGCAAAAUGAAAGGAAAGCCAUUAUCUCAAACAGCAAGUGGCUCUUUAAGGGACUCCAAAUCACUGAUCAUCCAGAAGGACCUCGUUGCUGCAUUUGACAAUGGAGACCAGAAGGUGUUCUUCGAUUUGUGGGAGGAGCACGUUCCCAGUUCCAUUCGAGAUCAUGACUCCCUUGCCCAGAAGUUGGAAUUCUAUCUUCACAUCCAUUUUGCCAUCUACCUUCUGAAACACUCCGUAGGGAGACCUGUAGGUUCCCUUUGUGAUUUGGACAAAGAGGACCUGGAUGAGAGGAUUUCUUAUUUCAAAACCUACCUGGAGACCAAAGGGGCAGCAUUGAGCCAGACCACGGAGUUUCUCCCAUUCUAUGCUCUGCCUUUUGUUCCUAACCCCAUGGUACACCCCUCGUUUAAAGAGCUCUUCCAGGACUCUUGGACUCCAGAAUUAAAGUUGAAAUUGGAAAAGUUUCUGGCUUUAAUUUUUAAGGCCAGUAACACGCCGAAGCUUUUAACAUUAUAUAAGGAGAAUGGACAAAGUAACAAAGAUGUGUCCCAGCAGCUCCACCAGCAGCUGGUAGAAGCUGAACGGAGGUCCAUGACGUACCUGAAGCGGUACAAUAAGAUACAGGCAGACUACCACAAUCUCAUCGGGGUCACAGCAGAGCUGGUGGAUUCUCUGGAGGCCACAGUCAGUGGCAAGAUGAUCACCCCGGAGUACCUACAGAGCGUGUGUGUCCGCCUCUUCAGUGACCAGAUGCGACAGAGCCUGGCCCACAGCGUGGACUUCACAAGGCCUGGGACGGCUUCAACCAUGUUGAGAGCCUCCUUGGCACCUGGGAAACUGAAGGAUGUCCCGUUACUGCCCUCCUUGGAUUAUGAGAAACUGAAGAAGGAUUUGAUUUGGGGGAGUGACCGCUUGAAAGCCUUCCUGUUGCAGGCUCUUCGCUGGCGCUUGACCACGUCCCAUCCUGGAGAGCAGAGGGAGACCGUUCUGGAAGCUUACAUUGGCAACGACCUCCUGGAUUGUCACAGCCACAGCCAGAGGAGCGUGCUGCAGCUGCUGCACUCUAGGAGCGAGGUGGUGCGACAGUAUAUGGCCCGGCUCAUCAAUGCUUUCGCAUCCCUGGCCGAAGGUCGCCUCUACUUAGCCCAGAACACGAAGGUGCUGCGGAUGCUGGAGGAAAGGUUGAAGGAGGAGGAUGAGGACAUCGUCACCCGCGAGAACGUUCUCGGGGCCUUGCAGAAAUUCAGCCUCAGGCGCCCACUGCAGACAGCGAUGAUUCGAGACGGCCUCAUCUUCUGGCUGAUUGAUAUUCUGAAGGACCCCGAUUGCCUGUCGGACUACACACUGGAGUACUCGGUGGCCUUGCUCAUGAACCUCUGCCUCAGGAGUGCAGGGAAGAACAUGUGUGCCAAAGUGGCGGGCCUGGUGCUGAAAGUUCUCUCGGAUCUGCUUGGCCAUGAGAACCACGAGAUACAGCCAUAUGUGAACGGAGCUCUGUACAGCAUACUUUCUAUUCCAUCCAUUCGUGAGGAAGCAAGAGCAAUGGGAAUGGAGGACAUCCUUCGCUGCUUCAUCAAGGAAGGCAAUGCUGAAAUGGUCCGCCAGAUCGAAUUCAUAAUCAAGCAGCUUAAUUCAGAAGAGCUACUGGAUGGUGUUCUUGAGUCUGACGAUGAUGAAGAUGAAGAUGAUGAAGAGGACCAUGACAUUAUGGAAGCUGAUCUGGACAAAGACGAGCUGAUCCAGCCACAGCUUGGAGAGCUGUCAGGCGAGAAGCUUCUGACUACGGAGUACUUGGGAAUCAUGACGAACACGGGGAAGGCGAGGCGGAAGGGCCUGGCCUGUGUGCAGCAGAGUGCCGACGAGCCCCUGCGCCGGCCCGUCACCCCUGGUGGCCACAGGACCGGGUACCCAGUACUGGAAGACUGUCCCAUUUCUCCCCAGAUGACCCAGCGCUCCCGAAACGGCAGCCUCCCAUCCCUGACAAGCGCCCACCGUCCUGUCUACAAUGGUGCUCAGACCGGUGCUUCCGAGUCUGGCAUCUCUGCUUCAGCCACCAGGGACAUCAGGCCAGGAGAAUGGUUGCCAGCAGGACCUCAGGGAGAGGUUCGCCUGUCCUCCGCAGAAGUCCCUAGCCAGGCCCCAGGCGGUGGAGCAACCACCAGAGAAUUUACAUCAGCCUUCCCCUGCGAGCCCCGGACCCCCAGCACCCCGGCAAUCCUGGACCUGAACCCACCCAAGGCCAAGGCAUCCACUCUGGCCCCUCGGUUCUCUCCAUGCGGCCCCCAGCAGGCCAGCCGCCCUGGCUCCGUGUUGUCCUCCACGAGGGGCCCACAGAAUUCCUCAGAUGCCGCUGACUGGCACGGCCUUUCCCGUCUCCAGAACUCUGGAAGGACGAGAAGAGGAAUGGGUUCCCCUCGUCUCCAUGGUAUCAGGGCAACUGCUGUUUCUCCCCCAGACCUACAGAUGGGCUAAAAACCUGAUUUGUAAACGUCUGGCCACUUCGGGAGAAGAAAAAAGUCUUCUAGAGAUUUGGGAAGUAGCCAACUCUGUGUCAGACGACACUGAAAUCACCAGGUACAGCCCGAGUGGUUCUCCGGGCUAAGUAAAUACCGCCCCGUCUCCACACCACGCCCUGGGAGACUCCUCUCACCGGCACACGCGUCCACAUCCCUAGGCUGAUGGCCAGCAAGAACCUUGGUAAAACACCAGCAGCUUCUGCAUAAACAUCCCGGCUGUCUGCUGGCCUCGCUGAGUUGGCUGGGGUCACACAUGAACAUGACCUAUAGGAGAGAAUCAAGGACACGCGUAAAUGCAGAUGGUUUCAAAGGUCAUCUGGACAUCUGGUCGUACAGCCGGCUCCUAGGAUUUGCCCAUGAAACCCACCCAGGGAGCCACGGUGGAGAGCCUGUGGAAAUUUUGAGAAUGGUGGACCCUCGGGAAGAUCCCUUCUUCCCCCGGAAGCUGACCGCAGCUCUCCAGGUUCCUGGCCCCCUAAUCUCUCCUGAGUAGAACUCGAUCUCAUUUUGCUUCCUUCACAGCAAGGUGUCAAUGCCUGACAACAGCUUAAAUUAUGACCCUUGGUGGGAAUACAAUAGACAGGUGGAGGUUUGAGAUCCAGUCAGAUCCCAGAGGUCAAUCAUUCAGUAGGUUGGGAAGGAUUUAGCCCAAAUCAAAAGAAGUAAACCAGAAACAAAGGCACAGAUAGGAUUAAUGCAUAAAUUCCACGACAAACUUUUUAAAUUAAAACAAGAGCUGACCCUGUGCUUAUAGGAUCUUACCUUGCUUUCCAAAUCCUAAUCCUGGCCCCAAUUCCAAUAAAACUUUUUUUUACAGAAAUGGGCAGCCAGUUCACCGAAUUGAUUUCUCUAAUAUUGCGUUAAAAUAUCUUUUGUCUUGAUUCCUAAGUUUCGGGAUACUACCUUCCAUUUUGUGUGCAAGGUGAAUGCCCCACUUGCCUUACCUGCAUCCUGGCCCAGGAUCGAGGGGGGUCCUCCUGGGCCCCUGGCAGUGUGCCAAUGACCCAGCCUCACAGCCAGAUGGCUGGCCUGCCUGUCCGUUGGGCCAUCUUCAUCUGUCCACAUACCGUUUGUGGUGCAUUGGGCUGAGGAGUGGUUCACUUUGCUUUGCACAUAACAAACUACACCCAAAACACGUGGCUUAAAACAACUUAUUAGCUUUAUGGUUAUGUGGCUCUGCGAUGGGGCUGGGCUCCAGUGGGCGCUUCUGUUGUGUUUGGCUGGACCCAGAUGUGUGUCUGUGCUCAGAAGGCCAUCGAGGGCCUCGCUCGUCUGACAGCCAGCUGUUGGCUGGGUUCUGAGUUGUCCUCCGCGAGGCCUCUCGUCCCGCAGCAGCCGGCUGGCCUGGGCGUCUUCCCCAGUGGCCUCAGGAUUCUGGCUGCAGGGAGAGAGACAUGAAGCCCCAGGGCUGCUCGGGGUUUCUACCUGCACCGUGUUUACUCUUCUCCCAUUGGCCAAAGCUGGUCACACGACCGAGGCCAACAGUCCGUGCAGCGAGAUGAGACUAUGGGGCCAUUGAGCGAACCCAGGGCCCGACCCAGACAACACACGACGUCAAAGCAUUCAGAAUUUUACCUCG